CGAGUUUCCAUUCGGAAAGUAUCAGUCUAUCGGUUAUAUCAGUUGAGUAGUAGUUGUCUUCCAAUGGAGAAGCAUUUUAUGAAGCACCCAACCCAAGGAGUAUUUGGAUAAGCUCAUGGUCGGUGGUGGUUGGUGGUGAUAAGAUUCGUAUAAAACGAACGAGAAACGGCUAAAUUAAAAUUAAUCGAAUACCAACUGUUGAGUGGAAUCGUUUAAGUUCCUACAUUUGGUUAAAAAUGUCUGUUUGUUCUUCGUACCUGCCGUGAUUUGCAUUCAUAUUAACUAAAGUGUUAUAAUAAAUAAAUAUGUAUAUUUGUCUUUGGAUUAAAAUAAGAAAACAAAAGAAAGGUUGUACUUUUUGUUUUUAAGUGGAUUACCAGUUCUAACUGCCACCCAUCAAUAGUCUGACCCAAACUUACUACCUUGCUCCGAUAAGCCCAUUGUCCAUCACCCGAAGUUCGUCGUCUUCACCCGUCAUUACGUUGCCGUAUUUUCUGUGCGUGGUUAGAGGCGAGAUGUUUAAAUGUGCGGUUAUUGGCCUUCUGAAAGUGUACAGUGAGUGUUACCUUGAGAACAAGUCUUUAGCCCCAUGAAAUUUCAAAUCCAAUCAAUUAAUUUUAAAUCAAAAUAAUUUCCUCCUAUCCAUCGUUAACACAGGAACCUAAUGAAAAUGUAAGCCUUAAGAAUCUCCCCAGUCCUAACAUUCUUAGCGCCUUGAAAAUGAAUACAACUUCACCGAAAUCUUCAUUAGCUAAACUUGGAUUGACUACAUCAAAAACAAAAACAAUCAAAGUUAUGGUUCUUGGACAGGGUGGUGUUGGAAAAACUGGUAAAUAUUUGAAAACAAUGGUCGUUCGAUUCAUAACAAGGCGUUUCAUUGGUGAAUAUGAAUCUAAUUUAGAGAAAAUCUAUACUCAUACAACGAUGGUUGACAAUGAAAUGAUACAAUUCGAUAUCCUGGAUGCUGCUGGUCAACCAAAUGAAACAGAAUUCGUACGUUUUGAAUCGAAUAUCCGGUGGGCGGAUGCGUUCAUAUUGACUUACUCCGUAACGGACAAAUGCAGUUUUGAUGAAUGCAAUCGAUUAAAAUUUUUAAUAAACUACAACAAGAGACGUCGUAAAUUGGGAUACACAGCUAAGGAUGGUAUUUCAGAUAUCCCAGUGAUUCUGGUUGGCAACAAAACGGAUCAAUGGGGAGACCGUAUGGUGAGCAUCGAAGAAGGACAACGAAGAUUCCGAGAAAUCUCAUGUGUUUGCUUUCAUGAAAUAUCUGUUCGAGAGAGUGUUGACCAGGUCCAAUCGGUAUUCCGAGACGUGUGUCGCUUUUGGAGGGUACUUAGCAAAUUUCCCAAACUCAAACGUUCCACAAGUGAUGUUCAAAAUGCCACAGAAAUGGUUCUUAGCCCUGAUUCUGGAGUUGCCUUCUAUCCAACAUCGUCGUGUGAAAAUAAUUCCCGAAGGUCAUUUUUCGAUGCAAUUUCAGAUAACACAUGCCUUGAAGAACACUGUGACCACAACGAAUUCGGAGACAAAGCCGGAUCGAGUAGCUUGUGCAGUUCCAGGGGUGAAAUGGAGACACCAUUCCGAAGUCGUGCCUCCACCGAUGGGACACUGUUAUCUCGACCAAGGCGAUGGCGUUACCCCCCGCCGGGUUGUGAUUUACCACAUUCGAAUCGUGUUGAACGUCGCAUGAGUAUCUCAGCUCGUGGCAGCAAUGCCAGUUACUAAGGCAUUUUAUUUAAGCUAUAGGGUGUUAUGAGCUUUGACUGAAAUUUUGUUUGUGUGUUUUCUGAGCAUGAAUUAAUUCAUCUUCAUGAUGCAAAGGCAUGAUUCUCUUCAGAUAUUCAGUUGAAAAACAUAACGCCCUGUAGAAAAUCCAGAACAACAAAAAUUCCACUAGACUCAUCGACUGAAUAUAUAUUAACAAAAACCUAAUACGAAUACGUAUAAAUUCAAAACUUUAUGUAAAGAAUAUCUAUAAAAUAGGCGCUACUCCAAUAUGUGAUCUCAAAUUACAUUUAUUGCUGCGGUUUCAACUCAUAAUGCAACAACAAAAAUUAACAACUUAAAUAUAAAAAAAAAUUAUUACGUGGACAUUUUUUUCUCUCAGGUUUUAUACCCACGUAAAUGUAAACAAUUAUUAUUAUUAUCAUUAACAAAUAACAAGGGGACGGAAUACGUUUUAAAAUUAUAUAUUAAAUACAUUUUUAAUUAUAUACAAACAAAAAUACAAUGAAUAUUGAACUAUAUAAUAAUAUAGCUAAAAUACUAAUUAUUAAAAAAGUUUAUAUAAUAAAUAAAAAAAAGUAUUAUUUAAGUAAUUAGAUAAAUAAAAUUUUAAAUAAGUGUAAUAUAAAUAAAAUUGAGCUAUUACCAAAAAUUUUGUGAACUGUUUCUGUACAAAUUAUACAAAUUGUUAUUUUAUCAUUAUAUUAUUAUUAUUCAAUGUAAUAACAAAAAAUCAAUGUG